GAAAUUUAAUCAAGGGUAUAAUUUGCCCUUUCCGUCGAACAGAGACACACCGUCAUGGCUCCGCCGAGAAUCCUUCUCUGCGGUGACGUCGCCGGCCGUCUUAACCAGCUCUUCAAACGCGUUUCUUCGGUGAACAAAGCGGCGGGUCCGUUCGAUGCGCUGCUGUGCGUGGGGCAGUUCUUCCCGGAAACGGCUGACCGUUUGGAGGAGUUUAAUGGAUACAUAGAAGGCCGCUCCAAAGUUCCUCUUCCGACCUACUUCAUUGGCGACUAUGGCGCCGGUGCGCCGAAGAUUCUGUCGGCGGCUUCGAAGGAAUCGGGCAAUCAAGGGUUUAAGAUGGACGGGUUGAGAAUAAGCGAUAAUUUGUAUUGGUUGAAAGGCAGUGGAAAGUUCACUCUUCAUGGUUUAUCUGUGGCCUACUUAUCUGGUAGGAAAUCUGAAACUGGUUCUCAAUUCGGCACAUACAGCCAAGAUGAUGUUGAUGCACUGAGAGCGUUAGCUGAGGAGCCAGGAGUCAUAGACAUAUUCCUCACUAAUGAAUGGCCAAGUGGGGUCACAACUAGAUCUGCUAUUCCACCAGAAAUUUCAGACUCAUCAGGCAGUGAUUCCACUGUGUCUGAACUAGUAGCAGAGAUAAAGCCCCGGUACCAUAUUGCAGGAAGUAUGGGUGUAUUCUAUGAUCGUGAACCAUAUGUCAAUGCUGAUGCUGCACAUGUUACUCGAUUUCUAGGCUUAGCAUCUGUUGGAAAUAAAGAUAAACAGAAAUUCAUUCAUGCAAUUUCUCCCACUCCAGCAGCUUCAAUGUCUAAGGCUGAGUUAAGCACAAAGCCAUCAAACACUACUUUAUCUCCAUACGUGUGUGUUGGCAAACCAGCCCAAACUGAGGGAUCAGCUAAAAGACCUGGUGAUGAUAGUACUUUUGACUCACAGUAUUGGCGAUAUGAUGCUUCUCAAAAAAGACAAAAACAUGGAGAUGGCGAUGGUGAUAGGCUGUGCUUUAAGUUUGUCUCUUCUGGGACUUGUCCACAUGGGAAGAAAUGCCACUUCCGGCAUGAUGAAGAAGCAAUGGAACAGUACAUGAGGGGUAUGUGCUUUGACUUUCUCAACAAAGGGAAAUGUGAGAGAGGUCCAGAUUGCAAAUUCAAGCACAAUUUACAAGAUGAAUCUGACAGGUCUCGAUCUAAAGCUGCAAGCUCCACCAGAUCAAGAGAAUGCUGGUUUUGUAUGUCAAGCCCCAAUGUGGAGUCACAUCUGAUCACGAGUGUUGGAGAAUAUUUCUACUGUGCACUUGCUAAAGGACCUCUAGUACCAGAUCAUGUGUUGAUUCUGCCCAUUGAGCAUGAACCUAACACCUUAUCUCUACCAUCUGAAUGUGAACAGGAAUUAGAAAGGUUUCAGAACGGUCUCAAGGCUUACUUCAAAAAGCAAGGAAAGGAGGCAGUUUUCUUUGAGUGGGUUUUUAAACGAGGAACUCAUGCUAAUCUCCAGGUAGUUCCUAUCCCAUCAGCCAGGGCGUCCUCUGUUCAAAAAAUUUUUGAUUUGGCUGCUGAAAGAUUGGGGAUUAAAUUUAAAACAAUCAAAGCAGGGCGACAACUAUUGCGGACACAGUUUGAUCAUUCUUGCAGCCUAUUUUAUGUGGAACUUCCUGGAGGUGUAAUUCUCUCACAUUCUGUGGAGGAGAAUGAAAAGUUCCCUGCUCAGUUUGGACGUGAGGUUUUGGCUGGCUUGUUGAAUAUGGCAGAUAGGGCUGACUGGAGGAACUGUAAGCUAAGCAGAGAGGAAGAAAUAAAAACGGUUGAGACUUUCAAGAGCAGAUUUCAAGAAUAUGAUCCAACUCAGUGAUUCAACGCCAAAAGAAAUGUUCAGAUCCCGUAGUAUCUUUGCAAUGGAAGGAUGUAAUCUCACCAAUCGCAGCAGACUGCACAAUCCUGGAAAGCACAAGCAUUGCAAAUUUGGCUGGCACUGCAAUAUGGUCGUGAUCAACACAAUAUUUCGAGUAAAACAAAAAUACAGACCAAUUUAAUUCAGGCCUUUGGAGAACCAGCAGUACUGGAUGGCUACCAUAGGCCAUAUCACACUCUCUUGGUUUAAUUCAUUUGGCUCCAUUGGAUUUUAUAUUUUGUGAUAAGAUAUGAAGAGUUUGUGUCUAAGAGAUUGUGCUAUUAGUGCUCCAUAACUAUACUUAAGAGAUUAUGUGCCAUUAGUUACCAUCUUGAAUUUUGAAGAGAUUAUAGAUAUAAAGUGUCUUAUUUCUGAUUUUCUGUAUAAUCUUGGUUUGUACAUUUUAAUUUUAGUUGAAGAAAAGACUUGACUCAAAA